GAGAGAGAUCAGCCGGUCAGCCCACAAUGCCACAAAAUAUCGCGAUUUGAUAAACUGGAAAAGGAAGGUGGAGUGUUUGUACGAAGCGGAAGCCCGGUUCAGAGACUCGGAACCAAGUACAAGACACGUGUGCGGCAGGUCUCCGGGGAAUCCGAAGAGUCAACAAAUUUCUGUCAAAGGAAAAGUGAGAGAGAGAGAGAGAUAUACUUUGGUGGUGGUCCUUCCUUCAUCCCAAGCGCCACGUUAUUAAUUUUCUAGAAUAUUAAAAACCAACUGGUGGGACCCAUUUCUAAAUCCACGAUAUCUCCAGCCAAAAUAAAACACUAAAAUGAAUUUGUUGCACGUAGUCGUUGAUCAGUUCUCAGCCGUCCACGUUGCGCUUCCAAAUAUACACGUCGUCAUAUUGUUAUCCGUGGAAGACCGCCGUAUCUAGAUAUAGGUGGCGGGAAUCCAGCGGAUGUUGGUAUCYGACGGUCCAGAUUCUGUCCUUUUCAGGUUAAGUAUUUGAAUACAGCUGAAGUGGUGUGGUGGUUUCAUGCUUGUCGCUGUGUAACGAAACGAUCAUGUCGCCGGAUUCCAGCAAGAGGGAUGAAUCUUUGUCGUUAUCGUGUGUUAAGAGAUCGUUGCAUGUUCGCCGGAAAAGGCUAGAGAAUCGACGUCUGAAAGCCGUCUCUUCCAGAGAGGACCUUGCGUCGCUCGGCGAUGGUAACUCCGCCGACGUAUCAAAGUUGGAAGAUGAUGCCAGGGUUUGUGUUGCUAAGAAGACACGAUUGGCUAAUAAUGAAGUGGUGACGGUUUGUCAGUCGCGUAAUGAUGGUGAUACGGAAUUGAAAACCGAUGCUUGUUCCGAUGAGCUGCCGUCCAAUCACUCGUCAUUAUCGUCGGCAUCGUCGUCAUCCUCGGAGAACGAAGGGGUACCGAUGUUGGUCGGGGGCGGGGAAGUCUUCGGGCGAGGAGAUAAAUUGAGGAUCCUUCCGUGUCUGUCGCACGGAUCGGCUUCAGUGUGUGGGCGGCGAAGGGAGAUGGAAGAUGCAGUGACGGUGGUGCCGGGGUUUCUGAACGAGGAAACCGGGCUGUAUGAUUUUUUUGCCGUCUACGACGGCCACGGUGGUGCGAGGGUUGCUCAAGUGUGCCGGGAGCGGUUACACCGUCUACUGGCAAAGGAAAUUGAAGGUAGGGAGGCGUCGGAGGUGGCGACGAAGAGGGAGGAGGAUAUUAAGUGGGAGGAGGUGAUGUUGGCGUCCUUCGCAAAGAUGGACGAAGAAAUCAAUGGUGAUGAAGUGGUAGUGGAGGAUGGAUCGUCGUCCUUGAAGACGAUCGGAUCGACGGCUGUGGUGGCGCUAGUUGGGACGGAGAAAGUCGUCGUCGCCAAUUGCGGCGACUCCAGAGCUGUUCUCUCCCGCGGCGGAGUAGCGAUACCACUCUCCCGUGAUCACAAGCCUGACAGGCCGGACGAAAUGGAGAGAGUAGAAGCUGCAGGUGGAAGGGUGAUAAACUGGAAUGGAUACCGCAUCCUAGGAGUGCUUGCUACUUCAAGAUCGAUAGGGGAUCAGUAUCUGAAGCCAUAUGUGAUAUGUGAACCAGAGGUGACAGUGAGCAAGAGAACGGGGAGGGAAGAGUUUCUGAUAUUGGCUAGUGAUGGGUUGUGGGAUGUAGUGUCAAAUGAGGUUGCAUGCGAGGUGGUGAGAAGAUGUCUGGAUGGCCGGAUAAUGAGAAAAUUGUCGGGGAUGGGUGCAAGUGGAGCUGCUGAGGCUGCAGCGGUGCUAGCUGAAUUGGCGAUGGCUCGUGGGAGCAAAGACAACAUUAGUGUUGUGGUUGUAGACCUCAGACCCCACCACGGAUUAAAUAUUGGAUCCAUCUCUUGAUACUUAAUAUAUACAACAACAUCCAUCUACCCUCCCCUACUAAUCAUCAUAUCCAUCCUUAUUCCUACCAUACCACCUCAUAACAUAUUAUUAUUUAAUUUAAUGCAUUUUGUUGUUUCCUGUUUCAUCUUCAUCUUCAUCUAGUGUAAUUGUGUUCCAAUUGCAAUAUUAAAAUGUCUAACAAAAAUGUACGUACA